CUGAUGGCAGCCAUCACUUUGGCAACUACAUGGAAUCGAUAAUUGACCAUAUUCCUAUAGGCUAUCCGCUAGAUAAUUAAGUGUAGUUUCAUACAACAUAGCCUACUGCAGAUUACGCAAUUAAACAGUCCUAGAAAUAAGCUACAUUUGAACUUUUUGGACCUAAUCGUCUCUCACAAACUGAGUUGAUCGGGAUGUGGAGUUACUUUCUCACCUGUGUGCUCGUCUUGGCCAAAGAUGCUUCUGCGCUUAGCAAGGUGUUUGGCGAGGUGGAGCCGGUGCGCAUGACGUCCGAGGGCUCGGACUGCCGCUGCCGCUGCGUGAUGCGGCCGCUGGGCGUGGAGGCGUGCGCGCGGCUGCGCGAGGGAGGCGGGGGCCGGCCGGAGGACUACUACGCCGUGGAGACCGUCAGCUCGGGCUCCGACUGCAAGUGCUCGUGCACCGCGCCGCCCUCGGCGCUCAACCCCUGCGAGAACGAGUGGCGCGCGGAGAAGCUCAAGAGGCAGGCGCCAGAGCUGCUCAAGCUACACUCUAUGGUGGACCUCCUUGAGGGAACUUUGUACAGUAUGGAUCUACUGAAGGUCCAUGCAUACAUGAAUAAAGUAGUGGCCCAGAUGAACACCCUGGAAGAGACCAUCAAGACCAACCUGAGUCGAGAGAAUGACUUUGUGAGGGACAGCAUAGUGACCCUGAGCAACCAGCUGAAGCGAUAUGAGAACUACUCUGACAUCAUGACCAGUGUCAAGAAAGAGAUCUCCAACCUGGGACUACAGCUGCUGCAGAAAGAUGCUGCCCCUGAUCACAAGGCACAGGACACAGAGACCAAGAAAGCCAAGGAGACAGUGAAAUCCCCCAACAAGAAAAACCCAGGCUCCAAACCACCUCCCAAGGCCCCCAAAGAGAAGGCGGCCAAGGCCAAGAAAGAGCCCUUGAAAGCAGGCAAGCCUGGCAAGCCUGACCCCACAGCCAAGACCAAGACACUGGGCCACCAGGGUGGCGUGAUCCGGGGCAUCACCUACUAUAAGGCAGCCAGGACUGAGGACUCUGCGCCCAGCUCUGGGGGAAGGGGAGACAGAGAUAACUCUGCCAAAACUCACACAGUCCACCACAUAGAAGGCAAGGAGGGUUCCAAAGUUGUCCUGGAGACCGCUGAAGCCAUGUCCUCCACAGCUGCACCAACAACAACAACAACAACAACAACAACAACAACAACAAGAGCAGCCACAACCACCAGAAGCCCCACCACCAGUAUGCUCACCCCAACAACCACCUCAGAGCGUCCACAGAUGGACAUUGUGGCCUUCCCCACCACCACCGCCGUCAUGCCCAACUCCACUGAUGACUCGUUGAGUCCAGGGAGACCCCUCCCCACAGCCACGCUAGAGCCAGACAGCAGGGAAGAUGGAGAUCGAGGCUUCUCUCACAGAUCAGAAAAGACAGCAGAGUGUGAGGGCACCAUAGCGUCCAUAGAGCUGCCAGAGAAACAUCACAGCUAUGGGCGGAACGAAGGGGCCUGGAUGAAGGACCCGGUUGCCAAGGAUUCCAAGAUCUAUGUGACCAACUAUUACUAUGGCAACAACUUGGUGGAGUUCCGGAACUUGGAGAGCUUCAAGCAAGGGCGCUGGAGCAACCUCUUUAAGUUGCCUUACAACUGGAUUGGCACGGGUCACGUGGUCUACGACGGCGCCUUCUACUACAACCGUGCCUUCACCAAGAACAUCAUCAAGUACGACAUGAAGGCGCGCUACGUGGCGGCCUGGACGCUCCUCCACGACGCCGUCUACGAGGACACCACGCCCUGGAAGUGGCGCGGCCACUCCGACAUCGACUUCGCCGUGGACGAGAGCGGCCUGUGGGUCAUCUACCCGGCGCUGGACUACGAGUACGGCAGCCAGCACGAGGUCAUCGUGGUCAGCCGGCUGGACCCGGGCGACCUGAGCACGCGCAAGGAGACCACGUACCGCACCGGCCUGCGCCGCAACUCCUACGGCAACUGCUUCCUGGUGUGCGGCGUGUUGUACGCGGUGGACGCCUACAACCAGCGGGAGGGCGAGGUGGCGUACGCCUACGACACGCACACGGGCACGGAGGCAGCGCCGCGGCUGCCCUUCACCAACCUCUACGCCUUCACCACGCAGGUGGACUACAACCCCAAGGAGAAGGUGCUGUACGCCUGGGACAACGGAAACCAGCUCACCUACAGCCUCCACUUUGUCGAACAGUGAAGGGGAGCCUUGAGGCUUCUUCCCAAACAUCAGCUGUUUUUUGUUUUUUUUUGCCGUGCUGUUUCAUUGGCAGGACACACAGGGACUUCCUAAACCCUUACACGGAACUUUUUGGUGGUGAAAAAGUCCUGACUUUUUUAGGGAAAAAAAUCAUUACUGUAUUAUAUUAUGUAAAAUAUUGCAUGAUUAUCUACCAGCACAAACAUACUGUAUAUGUCCAUGGAGGUGAGCGAGUUUGACAGGAAUAAGAAGGAAGUGAACUAUAAAAGGAGAAAUUCCAGUUUUCACACAGAUCUCUGCUUCUCAAGGUCACCGCUAUCCAGCAGCUAAUGGAGCCAGGCAGCUACAGCACUAUGGUGCACUCUGGGGGCAUGUACAUGUACAUGGGAGCUCACGGAUAUGCCCCCAGAGUGCAGCACUGUAGCUGCUGGCUGUAGCAACUUGAGCUAAGGAAAACCAGAGAGGGUUAAAGCGGAGCGAGAGGCGCAAACGUUCGAUCAUUUCCGUGUUCUGUCUUCGCAAAGGGGAGGGGGGCUAAAUCCCGCUUUAAGCAGACCUGUUAACAUUCGAACUGAACUGCUUGCCAAUCUGACAGAGAUCGAUUUCCCACUAUGACGUCUUUGCGACACGCCUCUUUAAGCAGACAGGAACUGUUCGAAUUUUGCUCCCAUAGAAAUGCAUUACGUUGCUCUAUCUUGUCAAUAAUUAAGGAUCUUUGGUAAAACCGGUUGUUUUCGGGGGGGGUUUUUUACCAACAGUACCUGGGGACCUCAAAAAACAGAGAUCUAUAUAAAAAAUCGCUAGAUUUCUCCUUUAACAAACAAACAAAAAUAAAUAAUACUAGAACGUGAUAUUUUCUUUUUGACGCCAUAUCUCAUUUUAAAAUGAGACACACAUUUAUAGAUAUCAAACUCUGUCAUCAGCUGAAAGAUGUACAUUUGAUUAUUUUUGUCAUUAAACACAUUAUUGCUAUCCUUUGCCAUCAAUGUGUAUGUUUUAGGGUGACUACACCUGGGAAGAAUAUACAAAGCAUAUUUACAUGUUUUAAUUGACUGUCAGAUGAACGUUUAGUCAGAUAUUUAAACAAUUAAUGUGUACAGUGUGUAAAACAUUUCAAUAUUGCAUGAAUAUUUAAAUCAGCAAUAUAGUGUAAGGCAUUCCUGUUAAUGUGCAUAUCGUUGUAAAACUUCCUAUAGCAUCAAUCACCUGGUCUAUUCCAAAUUAUAACCUCAAAUUCACUUCGCAAUAUUUAUUAAACACUUCUUAGUCAGCUGAAUUUUUGUAUCAUGUUAAUUGAUGUGUUCCGAGAUAAAAUAUGAGUGUUGGUCGAUAAUA